AUGGCCGCUGCAAGAGCGCCAGGACUCCUUGACCUCCCAGCCGAACUCGACCACCUUAUAGCGCAGCAUCUCGACAUGCUUGAUCUUAUGCGGAUGCGAAUAACAUGCUCUGCCCUCCAUGCCGCGAUCCCUCCUCCUAGUCUCAACGAGUUGCUCGAACUGGAGCGCACCGUUUUCGACUGCGAGUCAGACCCGUAUAUAUGCUUCGAUUGCAAGCGGCUCCGACCGAGGAGGGAAUUCGCAGACAGCAUGGCCAGGAGAUGUCCGGAAACGAUUCUGUAUUGA